AUGCUGCCUGCUGGGCGCGCUGUUUGCUCACUUUUUGUGACUGCUCAGCGCAGGCACUCAGCUGCCAUACUAGCUGGGCGUUUGCAAGCUCGCUGGUACGGAAGAGCCACGGGUCGUGGGCCGGGCGAACGAGCGCUGGGCCCUUGGAUAAGCGGCGCAGCAGCGGAUUGGCCCCGUGGGAGCGUGCCAGCGGGCUCCCGGAAAAGCGUCGCCGUUCCCCUCCCGGCUGGCAUCCCUAUCCCAUUCAUUCAUUCCCGUUCUCUCCCUUCCUGCCCCAGCGGCAGUCCGGCCAGGUCGAACGCGCUAUUGCUAUUACGUUCUGUUGCCCUCGACUCUGCUGCGCCGCCCAGUCUAUUCCUCGUCCAGUCCCCUGUGUCGAGCUGUGAGCGCUCUCCUGGCCCCCUCUCCACUGUCGAACGAACCCCCCACCAUUUCCAACACCCCCUGCUGACUAGCCCUGCUAGACCAGGGGCCCAGCGACAGAAAAUCUCUGCCCAAAUUUCUGGUGUCGAUUUCGAUUUCCAUCUCUACUGUACCCGGUGUCCAGUCUGCUUCCACGACGGCGGAUCCUCCCUUGAUUUCUGGUCCUGCUCACCCCCUGAGGCCCAAUCAGGGUCUUCGUUUCGUUUACGGAGGGCGGUCGAAAGAGGUCCUGAGGAAACGAGAGGCGAGAGGACCGUUGAGCUGGUUCUCACUGCGUUGGUGUCUGAUCGAAUCGACCAUUUCCAAGUGCCUUCAUCCGAUCGCGCCUCGUUGCGCCCAUUGCUAUCUUUCCUGGCCGCAUUGAUUUGCGGAGUCGGCAGGGAGAUCGAUGGUCCAUGGUUCAUCCUCCCGACCAGCGCAUCAGGAACAGUUUUCGCGAGGAUGGAGACUCCGGUGAACAAUGGAGGCCCGGUGGCUGAGGACAAUAUCAUCAACCGGCGGGGUGGCGAGUCCAUCUACCAGAGUUGUGUGAAUCUGAAGGCCAGACUGGCGGAGGUCCCUGGGUUUGAGCCUCAUCUGGCUGAAAUGGAGGAGAUGGAGCGGGCUCAGGGUGUCUCCGAUCCAGUCGCCUCCCUGUGGAAUUGUUUUCGGAGCGGUUAUCCCCUCAUGACCAUCUUCAAUGCUUCCAACCCGGAUGAUCCCCUGGAGAUCGACCCCGAAAAAGUUCCCGAGGCGAAACGGCCCAAGGCGGCCACUUUCAAAUUCCUUCAAGCCUGCCUGCAGGACAUGGCUUUUCCCCAGCAGGACUGUUUUUUGAUCACCGAUUUGUACGGUGACAACACGACUGGGUUUAUCAAGGUGAUCAAAAUGGUCAAUCGCGUCCUGGACAUCCUGGAGAUCCAGGGUCAGCUGAACAGACCCUCUGGAGCCGCAUCUGGUUCCAAGAACGACAAAGGCGGCGCUGUCAAGCUUACUAGGAGACAGCAUAUCUUAAAGGAACUUCUCGAGACCGAGCGGGAUUACGUGCAUCAUCUUCAGAAUCUGCAGGCUCUCAAGAAAGAGCUGGAGGAAACGGGUGCCUUGACGGGUGAUGAGAGUCAUCAGAUCUUCCUCAACUUGAAUAAUCUGUUGGACUUUGCGCAACGCUUUCUGAUUCGCAUGGAACAACACUACGCCCUGCCGGAGGAAAAACAAAACUGGGGUCAUCUCUUUAUCUGUCACGAGGAGGCUCUCCGCCAGUAUGAGCCCUUCAUCGCCAACCAGCUGCGCUGUGAUGAAGUCUGCCUGCGUGAAUGGGACAAAAUCAAGGCUGCUCCGCGCUCCCCGGAUCUUCAGCAGAUGGUUGCGCUGCCCUCCACGCUUAAUGGAUUCUUUGUCAAGCCAUUCCAGCGGUUAACCAAAUAUCCCCUUAUGCUCUCGGUGGGUUUCCCCCGCGAUGUCGACCGGAAAGACUGGAAUUUGUUGACUGGAGCCGAGAUCACUAAAGCUAUCGAUAUGAUCCAGUCGGUGCUGGACUCGGCCAACGACGCCAUUGACAAGGAGCAUCUCGCCUCUGCCGUGGUAGAUCUGGCGAAUCGGGUGGAUGACUGGAAGUCGCUCAAAGUUGAAGGAUUUGGUGAUCUCCUUCGGUUUGGCACGUUUACCGUGUUGAAAGGGGAUAGUACCAAGGAUACCGAAAGAGAGAAAUCCAAACUCAUUGGCAACAAGGACAAGCCCACGUCAACCGUGAAGGGAAAGCCGCGUCUCCAGCUUAAGGGCCGAAUCUACAUGGCCAACGUGACAGACAUCGUGUUACUUCAGAAACCUGGCUCUUACCGGAUCCAGAUUUUUUGGAAAGGUGAUCCCGGUGUCGUCGAUAACUUCAUCAUCCGCUACCAGAAUGAAGAUGUCAUGAAGAAGUGGUACAAGGAUCUCGAUGCUCAAAGAGCAGCGCACGCGCAACGUAAUGUUCGACACACAGGCACUUCAGACUCUGAAUUCACAUACAUGAAGAGUGUCUCGUCGAACCUGCAGAACCCAUACCAACAGGAGUACGAAGCGGAAGAGGAUCCGGCAAUCCAAUCGGCGACUUUCUCAGAAUUCCCGGUCAGCAGGAACGCGUCCAGUACGAGCCUCCGAGCCAGGUCUGCCACGGGAGGCAGUGGAGGGUCUGGUCCCCUCUCCGCCGGUCGACCACCGCGAUUCCCUAUGCCGGAGCCACCGCAUGCACUGCAUACUCAAUUGUCCAAUGGCAGCCUGUCCCCUGGAGAACGUGUUGGCAAUUCUUACUUUUCCCCGGUCACUGAGGCUCCUCCGUCCACCCGGUCUAGUUCCCAGUCGGCAUAUACCGCCUAUUCUCGGCAGGUCACGCCAACCAAUACGUGGAACGAAGAGUCCAACCGGUAUACCGCACCAGCCUUGUCGAGGGUGGUAUCGAGGGAUAGUACUAACAUCAAUCCUUAUUUCAGCAACAGCAGUGGCAGUGGCAGUGGCAAUGGACGUGUGCAGCGGCCGUCUCUGCCCCCGCUUUCGGCUCAAGGGCAGGCAUCGAACCCCAUGGCUCAACGGAUGCGGUCGGCCAGUAGCCCGGACAUUCAUCAUCAUCAUGCUGGCAUCCCCGAAUCUCGUCGGUACAUGAACGGUCAUGCCAUGCAGACAAUAGACAACGUCCCCGUCCCGCCAAUCCCGCCUCAACUUGCGACUGGGAGGCCGCCUCUCAACCGUAGCCAGAGCAACUCACCCGCGAACGGUGCUCUGCCCAUCCGAUCCGCCACCCAAACCUCUGGGGGAAUGCCACGGCAUGUACACUCCGGUCCUUACCAUGAGCACCCGUAUCCCGAUCGGGCUCCUGCAUUUACUCCCAGUCAGUCCUCUUUGACUGAUCAACCUCUGUCGGAGUCUCCGAGCGAGGAGGCCGAACCUCAUCAUACCGAACCUCAGCCCGAACCUCAGCCCGAACCUGAGCAAGAACCUGAGCAAGAACCUGAGCCCGAACCCGAGCCGGAACCAGAGCCACAACCCCAGCAGACCUCCCUGCAGGAUGAUCCCAUCAUGCCCAGUCAGAUAAAGGCGAAAGUGAAUUUUGAUGACAACUACGUGACUCUAGUAGUCGCCAGCAACAUUCUCUUCCGAUCCCUGACUGAUCGGGUUGAUGCCAAGCUGGCCAGGUUCACGGAUCGGUCGAUUGGAAACAACUCUGUGAGAUUACGUUAUAAGGAUGAAGAUGGUGAUUUCGUUACCAUUGACAGUGACGAAGCCGUCCAACUGGCCUUUAUGGAAUGGCGUGACCAGCAUCGAGAGAGUCUUGCUAAGGGCCAGGUGGAUGAAAUUCAACUCUUCUGCCAGGCGGUGGAGAAUUAG